UUUACAGGACCAGAAUAAAUGAGAGCAAGUUUCAGGAUGUGAUUCGCAGAAGGAACAAUUUACAUCUAUAUGUCACUCUUUAACUUCUGUAAGAAAUGUUUCACUGGAUAGAGGACUGUGUGACGCAGUAUGACGCUGUGUGACGCUGUGUGACGCCUGCAUCAGAGCUAGGAGCUAACAGCUAGCAUCAGCAGGUCAAAGCAGUCGUCUACUCCUGGACCAUUUUCAUACUUACUUAAUCUUUUGGGCCUUUUUUUAACGGCUCGGUUCGCCGUCCGGUCCCUGAACGGAAAACUAUUACCGGUACCGGUGUGUGUUUGUGUGUUUCUAUGAACGUUAGCUACGCUUUAGCUUACGAUUAGCAGGCUAGCUUAGCUGUUAGCUUCUGCUCUGUGUUUAUCAAUGUAGCGGCUCUUCUCCUCUCUGAUUGGCUGAGACUCUGUAGUAGAACACACAGCACAGGUGUAACGUUACCUGAUGAUAAACCGUUGAUUUGUUGCUUUAAUUCAGAGUCCCUGAGGAGACGUGUCCCCUUCAGAAGGAGCAGAGCAUGAGGACAUGAAUGGAGAGACAGCGGACGCAGAACUAAGAGGAGAGGAAGGUCAGAGGUCACCGUUUAUAUUCUGGAUGUAUGGAUCAGAGGGUCAGAUGUCACAGUUUAUAUUCUGGAUGUAUGGAUCAGAGGAAGGUCAGAGGUCACCGUUCUCUGAGAUGUUGAUGUCAGUAUUUUCCUCUACAGGAGACGUCGAGUCGCCAGGACAACCAGCAUUAAAACAAAGCAGCCGUCAGUACACUCGCCGCCACAGCUGUUCAGUAUGCAGCCGGGAGUUCUCUCGCCCGUCUCGGCUGGCGGACCACAUGAACACGCACUCUGGCGACAAACCGUACAGCUGCUCCGUGUGCGGAAAGCGCUUCUCAAAGAAGGUGAACGUGGCGGCGCACCAGCGGGUUCACACCGGUGAGAAGCCGUACUCCUGCCCCGAUUGCGGGGUCAGCUACGCCCAGCCGGGCUGCCUGCGGAGGCACCGGCUCCAACACGCCGCCGAGAAGCCCCAUGUCUGCUCGGUGUGCGGCCGCGGUUUCGUUCAGCGGCGGCAUCUGGUACAACACGAACGGACGCACACCGGGGAGAGGCCGUUUUGCUGCCAACUGUGCCCAAAACGCUUCGCCUCCAGGACAGGUCUCAGCGGGCACCAGAAGACCCACGCUGAGGGGAACGUCUACCGCUGCUCCUUCUGCCAGAAGGCCUUCUCCACGCCGUCCUCCUUCAGGGACCACGAGAGGCUCCACACCGGACAGAAGCCACACCCCUGCUCGCUGUGCUGCAAGAGCUUCAAUCGGCCGGGCCUGCUGAGGAAACACCUGCAGAGACACGAUGAGGUCAGAGCUGACGAAGCAGCUGGCCAGAAACCAGAGGAGCAGAUCAGUGACGGCUGUCUGAACGAUGAAGAGGAAGAGGAAGAAGCGGUGCAUUCACUGACCAACGGCGGUCUCUGCAGCGUGAAGAAGCUCCACAGCUGCUCCGUCUGUGGGAGGAACUACCCGACGCCGUCCACACUCAGAGAGCACGUGAAGAUCCACGAGACGGAGGAACUGCACCGCUGCUCGCUGUGCACCAAGACCUUCACCUCCACCGGCAGCCUGAGGGCUCACCAGAGGACGCAUGCUGCCAACAAACCUCACGCCUGCAGCAUCUGCACCAAGAGCUUCCUGAGGCCCUGCCUCCUCCGCCAACACAUGAGGAUCCACAUCAGGGAUGGACUCAUCGCAGAUCCUGCAGACCAGGAGUUCUGGCUCAACAUGAAGACUGAGGAGGAUGAGGAGGAGGAGGAGGAGGAGGAGGAGGAGGAUGAGGAAGUUGUGAACGAGCAGGACUCAGAGGACCGUCCUACCACUGAGUCCAGACCUCUACCUGGUAACCAUGGUAACCAGGACAUCUCGCUGGUGAAGGAGGAAGACGUCAGCGGUUUGAUAAACUCAGAUGGAGAGGAAGAGGACUGGAGACGGCCGCCGACCGAACAAGACGGCUCAGCGAAGGAGGCAGAUGGCGACGGCGGCGAGGGGAGAAGGAAACACUGCUGUCCCGUUUGCGGUCGUGACUGUUUCAAGGCGUCGUCGCUACAGAAACACCUGCGGAUCCACUCUGGCGAGCGUCCGUUUCAGUGCCCCACCUGCAGGAAGAGCUUCACCCAGCAGGUCCACAUGACGGAGCACCAGAGGACCCACACCGGGGAGAAACCCUACACCUGCUCCGCCUGCAACAAGAGCUUCACCUUCUCCAGCGCCCUGCGCCGACACCAGCGGCUGCACGCCGACGCCCGGCCCUACCAGUGCUCCGUCUGCCUGAAGACCUUCAAACAGCAGAGCUCGCUCAAGAGCCACCAGCGGACGCACUCGGGGGUCCGCUACCAGUGUCCGCUCUGCAGCAAGAGCUUCAGCCGCGCCCUGGAGCUCACCUACCACGUGGACGUGCACUCCGACGCCCGGCCAUACUUCUGCCACAUCUGCAAGAAGAACCUCAGCGGAGCCCGGAUCUACCGCAAGCACAUGAAGAAACACGAGUCCAACUCGCCGCUGCUGCAAGCGGCAUCGCCAGACACCGAGAUCUCCGAGGUCUGAAGAGAAGCCGAGGAAAAGUUUCAAGUUUAGAGCUUUUAGCCUCAACGGUUGUUGGGCCCUCGGUGGUGGAUGAUCAGAUCACAGCGGUGAGCGGGUCACAGGACGAUGAUUUAAAACCUCUUUCUCUUCCUCCAGUUGUUGUGGUGUCCUUGCUACCCAUGGUUAAAACUACAGACUGACAACCCUUUGUCUGAUCGCUAAAACACUGUCAACGUGCAUUUGCAAGUUCCAAAGAUGACAGUGCAAAUAUUCCAAAUGGCGUUAUUUGGAUAAACUGACCACAUAUUGGGAAGCUAAAUGGUUACUUUCCAUCCAUCCAUUAUCUGUAACCUCUUAUCCUGUUCAGGGUGGCGGGGGUGCUGAAGCCGAUCUCUGCUGACAUUGGGUGAAGGCGGGAUACACCCUGAACAGGUCUCCAGACUAUCACAGGGCUGACACAUAGAGACAGACAACCAUUCACGCUCACAUUCACACCUACGGGACACUUAGAGUCAACAAUGAACCUAACCUGCAUGUCUUUGAACUGUGGGAGGAAACCGGAGAACCCGGAGUAGACCAACGCUAAAACGGGGAGAAUAUGCAAACUCCACACAGAAGGGCCCCAAGCCGGAUUCGAAACCUGCGACAUGGUUACAUUUUUGCCUGAAUAAGAUUAAUUAAAAUCUUAUUAUAACAUUAAAUAUUAAAACUUAAUAACAGCUUUUUGACAAGUAAAGGCAAAGCAAAGUAAUCUUACUUCCACAGAACAGAACUCGAUAUGGAAGUGCCCUGCUUCGGACAUAGAAUAAGGUCAAUAACUUCUCAGCAGCCAAUCAUGUGUGGACAAGAAGUUGCCAGGUAACCAGUGAUGUCACUAGGGACGCGGUAUCAUUCAGAAUGUGAUUAAUCAUAGCACCAAUACAGGACUGUUUUACUUUAGUUUUGUGAGAGCAAGAUGUUGAGUACAGAGCAGGAGUCGGGAUGUUGUUAGCCUAGCUUAGCAUAAAGACUGGAAGCAGGUGGAAACGGCUAGCCUGACUCUGUUGACCUACCAGCUCCUCUAAAGAUCACUCAUUAACACGUAUCUCCAAACUCAAAUUAUUGUAAGAACAUUUGAGAAUUGACACCUCAUCCUUUCCAUAUGAAGGUCAAAGAUCAGCGCUCUGUGCCUUGCUCAAGGACACUUGAUAAGGACACUUGAGGCCGUUGUGCUGCCAGUCAGCUUAUCUUUACUUAGUAGAAACCACUGAGACUAAACAUCACUGUUCAAUAAAGAGACUCUAAUCUCUGUCAUCCAGUCUUUAAUGAAGCUGUAAACUUUAUUUAAACGUCUUCAGUUAACAGAAGAAUAAAGUUCAUCAUGUGAUUGUA